AUGGAGAUUUUGAGUGAAGAAGAGGAUCAAUUCUUCGACACUCGCGAGGAUGUUACCUCUGUAUCUGAUUCAGGCUCUGACUGCCCUGAAAAAUUGGAUUCUGACUCUGGGGUUAUUGGUUCUUUGCCUGAUUGUUUUGGCUAUGAGGUUUGGAUUAAGAAUCCAGGUUGUAUUCGUGAAAGGCGCAAUAAAUUUUUAAAAUGGAUGGGUUUGGAUGUAGAUCAAACGGGGAGGAGUGAUCCUGGGGAUGCGUCUUCCAAUGAAGUGGAAGUUGAGACAGACAGAAUUGUGGAAGAUAGUGGUGCAGUUCUAAGAUCAUAUAGUUUCGACGAUGGGUUUUCAUCGAGCCAUUCUUCCAUGUCUUGUUGGUCUAAUGAUGCCAAAGAGUUGUUAGAUGGGGCACUGAAGGAGGAUUUUGUGUGCAGGAUUAGGAAUUUGGAUAGCGGAGCAGAGUUUAUUCUGGAUGAACUUCAGCAGGAUGGCAUGUCAGGGAGAAUUCGCGAGGUUGGUUCGAAUCAGUUACUCACUGUUGCUGAGUUUGAGAGGAAUCUGGGGUUUUCUCCUUUGGUUCAGCAAGCUAUGCGAAGAGAAGUUGAAUAUGUUCCCAAUCUGGGGCUAGCUAGAAAGCAGGUAAAGCUGGGAUGGUUGAGGAGAUUAGGUGUUGUCGCUUGCAUUGUUGAUAGGCAAGCGGAAGCUGGUGGUAUCAAAUCCAAUGGUCCUUACCCCGUUGCCGGGGCUAGGAAUCAGAUAGUUAGAGUUAAAUCUUAUAAGAAGAGGUCCAAGGAAUUCUCGGCCCUUUACAUAAGACAAGAUAUUCCAGCUCAUGAUGGUUCAAUUUUGACUAUGAAGUUUAGUCACGAUGGUCAGUACCUUGCAAGUGCAGGUGAAGAUGGAGUUGUGCGUGUAUGGCAGGUGAUGGAAUCAGAGAGACCAGAUGAGUUUGGCAUCCUCGAUAUUGAUUCUUCCCAUGCAUACUUUACGGUUAAUGAUCUUUCUGAAUUAGUUCCCCUUAAUGCGGAUAGAGAGAAGAAGGGUAAAUUCAAGAGUGCACGGACAUCAGACUCGGCUUGUGUCAUUUUUCCUCAGAAAGUUUUUCAGAUAUCAGACAAACCAAUCCAUGAAUUUUCUGGGCACUGUGGAGAGAUCUUGGACCUCUCAUGGUCAAAGGACAAGCAUCUGUUGUCAUCCUCUGUUGAUAAAACUGUUCGAUUGUGGCAAGUGGGAUGCAACCAAUGCCUACAAGUUUUCUUCCAUAAUGAUUAUGUUACUUGUGUCCAGUUUAAUCCAGUGGAUGAAAAUUACUUCAUCAGUGGUUCCAUAGAUGGGAAAGUACGCAUCUGGGCAAUUCCUGGUUGUCGAGUUGUUGACUGGACCGAUAUAACUGAAAUAGUCACAGCUGUGUGUUAUCGUCCUGAUGGAAAGGGUGGAAUUGUUGGCUCCAUGACUGGAAAUUGCCGGUUUUAUGAUGCACCGGAUAAUCAUCUGCAACAGUAUGCACAGAUAUGCUUGCAGGGUAAGAAGAAAUCACCAUUCAAGAGGAUAACUGGCUUUCAGUUUUCUCCAAGUGACCCUACCAGGUUAAUGGUCACUUCUGCUGAUUCACAAGUCCGAAUACUCCAUGGAGUUGAUGUGAUAUGCAAAUAUCGAGGCCUCCGUAAUACAGGAAGCCAAAUAUCUGCAUCAUUCACCUUAGAUGGGAUGCAUAUUGUUUCAGCAAGUGAGGAUUCUAAUGUCUAUAUCUGGAACAAUAUUAGCCAGGAUGGGCCUGUGGCUCGGGUGAAAAGUAAAUGGUCUUGUGAGCGUUUCUUCUCCAGUAAUGUGUCAGUCGCUAUACCUUGGUGUGGGAUGACUUCUGGGAAUUCUAUUUCCCCAAAUGUCACUGGAAAUUCCCCAUCCUCUAUUAACUUAGGGCAGUGUAGUGAAAAAAGUGUAUUUCUGCAAUCUGAGUUGGUUGAGAGUUCACAAUGCAAAUUGCCAUUCUCUUCACGUGAUGAUUUCUCACUGAGCCACGGAUUGUUCACUCACUCUUUGCCUAAGGGUUCUGCAACAUGGCCAGAGGAAAAUCUUCCUGCAAGCUCAUUGGUUGGAUCAUCUGCAAUGUGUAAAUCACAGUACAAGUUUUUGAAAAUGUCAUGCCAGAGCAUGCAUGGUUCUCCUCAUGCAUGGGGUUUGGUGAUUGUAACAGCUGGAUGGGAUGGACGAAUCAGAUUGUUCCAGAAUUAUGGAUUACCAGUUCGCCUUUAA